AUGGCGACCAGUGACAAACACUGUCAGACACCGUGCGUCAGUCGCAAGCAGGCGAGCCCGCGGCUUUGUGUUAUGUUCGACGAGAGCGUGGCGGUGGAGGGCAGGGAAGUGGACAGCUCUCCGGGAUCAGAGGACGAGGCGUUGAGGGCCGCUAUGAGCAAGUUCCAGCCCCCGGCGCGGCACACGGCCAGGCACGACUUCGGCUCGGACAGCGACAGCGACUCGAGCCCAGAAAAGUUCACGGCGAACGCGUCCGAGGAGGAACAGUCCUGCAACGGAAGGCGAAGAAACCGCAAAGCAACAUCGCCGCAUAGGAGGCCCAAGUCGCCGGAGAAGGAGCCCGCCCCCGCCAGCAGGGGCAGCGGCGCCAGGGCCCGCCAGAGCCAACGCCCUGACACCUCCACCUCCGAGUCUGACAGCGGCGAGGAGCCGGGAAAGCGUGAGGUGGUGGUGGGCGGCGGCGGUGGCGGGCGGAGGCGCGGCGCGGUGCUCCCGGCCGACGGCGCCUACGACCCUGAGCAGUUCAGGGACCUCAAGGUGCCGCCCGACAUCGAGAACCUGUUCCAGUACAUCAUGAAGUACAGUCCGCAGAAGAUGGAGGUGGAGGCGCGGCUGCGGCCGUUCGUGCCGGAGUGCGCGCCCGCGGUGGGCGACUGCGACGCGCUGCUCAAGCUGAGCACGCCGCCCGCCCUGCCCGCCCAGCCAGCCGAGGCGCCGCUCUCCGAACGGCUGCUGAAGCACGUCGACGAUCUCGGUCUGACGAUCCUGGACGAGCCAGCCGCAGAGCAAAGCGACCCUGCACUCCUGCACCUGCAACUCCGCGCCAUCUCCAAGACGGCAGGCGGAAAGACAACGCUGACGAGGAAAAUCGAGGAGGCGGAGAAGAACCCGAAGGCGAUCGAGCGCUGGGUGCGGGACGUGGCCGAGCUGCACGCGGCCGCUCCGCGACACGCGCACCGCCACCACGGCGAGGCGCCGGACGUGGACAGCCUGAUGGAGGAGUGGCCGGCGCGCGUGGAGGAGGCGCUGGAGGCGGCGGGCUUCCCGCCGCCCGCGCUGCGCUGCUCGCUGCCCGACUACUGCGCGCUGGUGUGCGCGCUGCUCGACGUGCCGCUGCGGGGGCCCGAGCUGCCGCACCAGGUGCAGGCGCUGCACGCGCUCUUCGCGCUCUACUCGGCCGUCAAGAGCUCGCAGCUCUACGCGGAGCGCCGCGCGGACCACCACGCUGCC